AUGUCCUCUAUCAUAGACUACUCGCAGCCCCUCUCGGCCGUCCUCAAGGAGAGCACCAAGGAAGCCCACCAGAAUAUUGAGCAUAGUGAGGGCGCGGAGGCGCUACUACGGGGCGAGCUCGCCAGGGAGGAGUACGCUCGUUUCUUGAUCAUGCUGUGGUACAUCUACGAUGCGUUUGAGCGUGCUUUGGACCGCCACAGCACCCACCCAGUCCUGGAGCCCACCUACAACCCAGCCCUUCUUCAGCGUGCGCCCUCACUGGCUGCAGAUAUUGCAUACCUCCUUCAUCUCCCCCAGUCUUCAUGGAAGGUGCACCGGAUACAUUCCGAACUCAUGGCCAAUACCCCAGCGGCUCUUACUGAAUAUGUGACUCGGAUACAGGAUUUGGCCAAUUCAGCUGACCCCACUCCUCUGUUGGCACAUUCGUAUGUGCGGUAUCUUGGUGAUCUAAGCGGUGGUCAGACUAUUCGGCACACUUUGGCCAAAGCUUAUGCGCUCGAAGACAACAAGGGCUUGUCUUUCUACUCAUUUAAGGAGCUACAUUCUUCCAAGACAGCGUCUCUGGGGGAAAUGAAGCGUAUCAAAGACUGGUUCAGAAGGGGGAUGGACGCUGGUGCAGGUGCGAACCAGGCUGUGAAAGAAACUGUCUCCGAAGAGGCCAAGACUGUGUUCGCGCUCAAUAAUGGGAUAUUCGCUUCUAUGCAACCUGCCGCAGGGAUACCGAGUUCCAAGGAUCUUCUGGGCACUAUUAAAGGGGGGUCUUUGAGCGAACAGUCGUUUCCGCUAUCUACUGUCAUAUCUGUGCUUGCGGCAGUAUGUAUAGCCCAUUUCGUUCUAGUGGUUGGUGGUUUCAUGGGGGAAGAAGGUUACGCCAAGCUAUUGGCUGUGGAGGACUGGAUUGCUGCACUUUGGCAGGCCAAAUAAAUGGAUGUUUGGGUUUCUGGCAUUUAGGCACGGUAUGUAGACACUACGGUUAACAGCUUUCUAUAUUAGUUUUUUUGUUGAAGAUUGAUUCUGCCCAUCUUAUAUGGUAUUAAUAUCUACUACCAUUUAGAUAGCAGCAUGGCACAGUGGUAGUGCGCGGGGCCCAUAACUCCAAGGUCACUUGAUCGAAAGAAGUUGCUGCUAAAUGCUGGUUCCUAUUCAGAGCACUCUUUGAUUCUUGAAUGUUACGUAGUAACUAUUUGUGAUGCUUAUUAUUACAACGGGCGAUGGGUGUCGAGUGGCUCAGGUACAACGAAAG